GGAAGUAGCAUGUAUACAAGCGCUGAAUCUGGGGCAAUCCAACCCACACAAUUUCAACCCGACCCGGUUAUACAAUCUGGGUUCGAGCCAUUUCCCGUACGCAGAGCUUACUCUCUCUACGACUGUAAACUCCAUCGCCUCAGAGAUUCCAUUGCUUCAAGCUGCAAUCUUUUGCAGUAUGUGGAUAAAGUCUAGCCAAUUCGUUACAAACCCAAGAUGAAGCUCACUCUUCCUCGUCGUCCUUUUGGGAGCCAUAGCUUCAACCGGUUGCACAGAAAUCUGUGCGCCUCAAGGAAACCCAUCUCCACAGAUAAUGACGAAAACGAUUCCCAUUUCGUUUCCCUCCUCAACGACGUCGUACGAGGGGAGCAGAACUGGGAAGCAUUCUUCAACAAAAACACCUUCAUUUCCAGCAGGUUGAAUUCCCGCCACGUCGAGGAGGUUCUGAUCCGCAACAUCGGCGAUUCGAGGCGAGCAUUCAGAUUCUUCAAUUUCUUAGGGCUUCACAAAAGCUUCGACCACUCGACGGCGUCGUUUUGCAUCCUCAUCCACGCUCUGGCCCAGUCCGGCUACUCCUGGCCCGCCUCUUCGCUCUUGCAAACCCUCCUCCACCGUGGUGGGUUUACCCCCAACGAAGCGUUUGAUUGCUUGCUGAAUUCUUUCAAGAAAUACGGCUUUUCUUCGAUCUCGGGUUUCGAUCUGCUGGUUCAGAAUUACGUGCGGAGCAAUAAAGUCUUGGAUGGUGUAGUGGUUGCGAGGCUUAUGAAGGAACGGGGAUUGUUGCCAGGGGUUAGAACUUUCAGUGCCCUGUUGAAUGGGCUUGUGAGGUACAGGAAAUUCUAUACUGUUCUUCAACUGUUUGAUGAGUUUGUGAAUGCUGGUAUUCGGCCUAAUGUUUAUGUAUACACUACGGUGGUUCGGAGCUUGUGUGAAUUGAAGGAUUUUGGUAAAGCUAUGGAAGUUAUCAAGAAGGCUGAAGCAAUUGGAUGCGAGUUAAGGAUUUUCACAUUUAAUGAGCUGAUUCGCGGACUCUGCAGGAGCAGUAGAGCUUCAGAGGCUGUCGAAAUCAAGCAUUUGUUGGAGCUUAAGGGAUUGAAAGCCGAUAUGGAUACCUAUUGUAAUUUGGUACGUGGGUUUUGCAGAGUGCAAGAGUUUGAAGUUGGUGUUGAGCUAAUGAAUGAAAUGCUGGAGCUGGGAUUGGUUCCCGUUGAGGCGGCUCUAACGGAUCUCGUAGAGGGAUUGAGGAGGAAGGGGAGGAUUUUAGAUGCUUUUGAUUUAGUAAAUAAAGUGAGAGCAGUUGGGGUGGUGCCUAGUUUGUUUGUUUAUAACUCGUUGAUCAAUUCUUUGUGUAAACAUGGGAAAUUGGAUAAAGCAGUAUCACUUUUUAAUCACAUGGAUGCAAAGGGUUUGUAUCCCAAUGAUGUAACUUAUUCUAUUAUGAUCGAUUCUUUCUGCAAAAGAGGGGAACUGGAUGUUGCUUUGUGUUAUUUUAAUCGAAUGACCGAAUCUGGGAUAAGAGUAACUGUGUGUCCAUACAAUACUUUGAUAGAUGGACAAUGCAAGUUUGGGAGUUUGAAUGCUGCAGAGUCUGUGUUCAAUAACAUGAUUGAUAAAGGAUUGGUGCCAACUGUUGCAACCUAUACAUCAUUGAUAGAUGGAUACUGCAAAGCUGGAGAACUGCCCAAGGCAUUCAGGCUGUACCAUGAGAUGACAGGGAAGGGUAUUGCUCCGAACGUUCGCACUUUUAGUGCGCUUAUUCAUGGUCUUUGUAGCGCAAAUAGGAUGGCUGAAGCAAGUAAUCUGUUUGAUGAUAUGAUGAGAAGGAAUGUUAUGCCUAAUGAGGUGGCUUAUAAUAUUAUGAUAGAGGGGUACUGUAAGGAGGGAAACACAACGAGAGCCUUUGAAUUGUAUGAUGAAAUGGUAGAGAAGGGUCUUACACCAGAUACAUAUACUUACAGACCUUUAAUAAGCGGGUUAUGUUCCACUGGUAGAGUUUCAGAAGCCAAAGAGUUUGUAGAUGACCUCCAUAAGGAGAAUUGUAAAUUAAAUGAGAUGUGUUAUAGUGAACUCUUACGUGGUUUUUGCAAAGAAGGGAGACUAAAGGAUGCAAUAAUUUGUUGUCGUGAGAUGGUUGAAAGAGGAGUAGAGAUGGAUUUGGUUUGUUAUGGUGUACUUAUUAAUGGAACACUGAAGUAUCAGGAUACGAAAGGAUUAUUUGCCCUGUUGAAAGGGAUGCAUGAUCGAGGGUUGAAGCCUGAUAAUGUAAUAUAUACAAGUAUGAUUGAUGCAUAUGGAAAAUCAGGAAAUCUUAAGGAGGCACUUGGAGUUUGGGAUAUAAUGGUUGGUGAAGGAUGCAAUCCUAACGUUGUAACAUAUACUGCCUUGAUUUUUGGAUUAUGCAAGGCAGGGUAUAUGCAUGAAGCUGAGCUUCUUUGUAAGGAGAUGCUGGUUAGUAGUACUCUACCCAAUCAGAUAACAUAUGGUUGUUUCUUAGACCACCUUAGCAAUGAAGAAAAUAUGGAUAAAGCUCUACAGUUGCAUAAUGCCAUGCUUAUAGGGCUUUCAGCCAAUACUGUAACAUAUAAUAUACUAAUUCGGGGGUUUUGCAGAAUGGGUAGGUUUCAGGAGGCUUCUGAGCUCAUGGUUGGAAUGACAAAUAAUGGUAUCUUUCCAGAUUGUAUCACCUAUUCAACAUUUAUUUAUGAGUACUCAAGAAGGGGGCAUUUGCAGGAAGCUGUUAAGUUGUGGGAUGCUAUGCUAGAUAGGGGCCUGAAGCCUGAUACCCUUGCAUAUAAUUGUUUGAUACAUGGUUGCUGUAUCAGUGGAGAACUAACCAAGGCUUUUGAAUUGCGUGAUGACAUGAUGAAAAGAGGGUUGAAGACAAACCAAUUUACGUAUAAGUCUCUCAUUCACGGAACUUGCCUGAAAAGUUCAGUUUAGUCUGCCAGCAUCAAGGCAUGCUUGAAGAAUUGACUAGACAUUUGUAUUAUGUGUUUCAAGAGAAAUCUAGAUACAGUUUCUGUGACCUUCAAAUUCUGAAUCAAUACAGUUGCAUAGCCUCGUUGAACCAUGAUGGUGGAAAUUGUUCCUUCAUCUUAAACACAAGUGCUGACUACUGUGUGAUUGCAAAAGUAGGAGGUCUGAAAUGCUUAACUGUGCAUUAGCAAGGCACAAAGAAACAAUAAGCCCCUAAAUAUUGAUCUUUCCAUUGGGGUGAUAGAUUUUAUGCUCACAUUUUUUUCCCUGCUCAUACAUAUAUAUUUGUAAGUAGCCUUAAGUGAAAAUGAAAUUGGUGAAGCUGAUUUGGCCAGUAAGUCUUUCCAUUA